AUGGAUAACAAAGCACUGAACUUUGCAACAAACGGUGUGCUACUCUACAGUAUGAAUUUAAUCGUGUUAAUUUCCUUCACCUCUAGCUCACAUUCUUCAUCAAUGGAAUCGUGUUGCAUUGAGGAAUUUCUCGAGGGCAAGACCAUUUUCAUCACUGGUGCAACGGGCUACCUAGCAAAGAUUCUCUCCAAGAAGAUACUCAGAGUCCAACCAAAUGUGAAGAAGCUCUACUUGCUAAUGAGAGCUCCAGAUUCAAAUUCAGCUAAACAACGCUUCAACAACCAGAUUAUAAAAACUGAUCUGUUAGGAGUUCUGAGGGAGAAGUUGGGCACCAACCUACAUGGAUUUCUAGAAGACAAGGUUUUCCCAGUUGCAGGGGAUAUAGCUUGUGAUAGUUUGGGGAUAAAUUCUGAGCUGAAAGAUGAGAUGUGCAGAGAAAUAGACAUAAUUGGACCAAUGUAUCAUGUUCUCAAAUUUGCCAAGCAGUAUUCAAAACUUAUGAUGCUUCUCCAUCGUAAGGACUGGUUAUUUUCAGCCUAUGUUUGUGGGGAAAAGGAAGGAUUGAUACUAGAGAAGCCAUUCAGCUACGGUGAGACGCUUAAUGGAAGUUCUCAUUUAGACAUAGACGUGGAAAAAAAGUUGGUAGAGGAGGCACUAAAGGACCUCCAAGAUAGGAAUGCCAGAGAAAAAGAAGUUACAUUAGCCAUGAGAGCUCUAGGUAUUGAGAGGGCAAGGCUACAUGGAUGGCCAAACACAUACUCAUUCACAAAAUCAAUGAGAGAGAUGCUUUUGGUACACCUCAAGGAGGAUUUCCAACUCAUAAUUCUACCGCCAACAAUUAUAUUGAGCACCUACAAGGAGCCAUUCCCUGGAUGGAUUGAAGGAAUGAGAACCAUGGACACGUUCAUUGUUAGCUAUGGUAAAGGAAAACAGGAAGUUGCAAUACCUAGACCGAGGAGAGAUAAAAAAGAUGCAGGGUCGUUUGUCUGCUUGGCUAGUCAAGCAUGGGCUAAUUCAUAG